ACUGAUAUUCCUCUCAGAGCCGCCAGAAACAGCAAAAUCUGCACACCGUGCACCUUUCGAUCGAAAACGGGAGGAAAGACCUAAUCUGCGAUGGCCACUCCGGAACAGAUCCAACAGGAAAAGGCAGUCCGCCGGGCAGCUAUCCGUAACGAGUACUGGCGGACGAUGACCAACCCUCACGGUCAUCUGCAUGGCGAAAGCGGCGGAGUGUUCGAUACCGGUCUGGCGCGCUUCCAAGCCAUGCGAGUCAAUCACUUCGAGCACUUCAAGCCAUCGGGACGCACGCUGAAGAUCGGUAUGUUCGGCACAGUGAUUCCGAUUGUGCUUUACGCACUGAUGUUGAAGAAAGAACGUGAUGGACGAGAGGAGCAAUACCGUACCGGACAAGUUGCCUACAGGGAUCGUCGGUUCAAGUUCAUCUAAAUCAAUAUUUACUUCGAUCCCGGAACAGUAGAGGGCGAUUUCGGAAAAGAGAGGGAACGCUAGGAAACGAUUUAAUUGGCAUAAUAAAUAGAUCACUUGUUUUAUUUUUCCUCCA